AUGGCAAGCAAUUUGUCGCUAUCACAUGUUCACCACGCACACCAUCGAGGCAACAUGCAGCAAGCACGCAGCCAGCUGAAGAGCAUAUUGUGGGCUCAUCGUGCAACUAAUUUGAAUGCAACAAUGCAGCAGCUGUUGCACAAGCACUGCCCAGCAUCUGCAUGGAGUCAAAAGCUGCUUAAGUUAAUGAAAUUGUUGCUAUUGUGUGUUUUAGGCAUAUUCUUAUUGAACUACUACCAAACGGAGUUGCAGGGGCAGCGCUGUGCCUUGGAACUGCCACGCCCUUUGCGUUAUGCACUGCGACCGCCAGAACGGUGUGAUUUCUGUGCCAACAUCAAUAGCGUGCCACGCCUCAGCAACCUUAGUCCCGCCACAUUCGAGGCAAAGUAUGCAUAUAGUGGUGCACCCGUCAUUGUCAGCGAUGCCAUGCAGAACUGGACAGCCAUAACGCUCUUCAAUUACUGGUACUUUCGGGAUGUCUAUCGCAAGGCUAAGCGCAAGCAGCGCAUACGUGACUGCCAGUUUCUCCCCUACAAAACGGGCUUUCAGGAUAUCUACGAGGCUAUGGAAAUGCCGCGGUCGCGCGUCGAGUUGGAAGCGAAUGAGGCACCUUGGUACUUUGGCUGGAGCAAUUGUCAUGCCGAGACAGCCGAAGAGUUUCGCAGGCAUUAUGGCAGGCCCUACUUUCUGCCUGAGCGGUCGGAGAACAAUGCAGUUGAUUGGUUUUUCAUAGGCACUGCCGGACUGGGCGCCCAAAUGCACAUUGAUAACGUGCGUUUGCCGUCGUGGCAGGCGCAAUUGGCGGGCAGCAAGCGCUGGCUGCUUGUGCCACCGCCCGAAUGCUAUUUCCAGUGCAAACGCUUCGAAGUGGUUGUGCAACAGGGAGACAUAAUCGUUCUGGAUACGAACAGAUGGUAUCAUCAAACGUUUGUACAACCCGGCGCCAUUAGCCUAACCAUUGGUGCCGAAUAUGACUAACUCAAUUCCAUUAUAAACUGGGUUUUUCCCAGCAGGAAACAAAAUGCAACAGUUGCAGCAGCACGCACACACACACGCACACGCACAGCAUCUCGGGCCAAAUAA